UUUCCGCAACAUCAAGUAUGGCGAAGACAUACGACUAUUUGUUUAAAUUACUGUUAAUAGGGGAUUCUGGCGUCGGGAAGACCUGUGUCCUGUUCAGGUUUUCAGAAGACGCCUUUAACUCGACGUUUAUUUCAACUAUAGGCAUUGAUUUCAAGAUUAGGACGAUAGAGCUAGAUGGCAAGAAGAUCAAGUUACAAAUAUGGGACACUGCUGGACAGGAGCGCUUCCGAACAAUCACAACAGCCUAUUACAGAGGAGCAAUGGGCAUCAUGCUGGUCUACGACAUCACCAAUGAAAAGUCGUUUGAAAAUAUCAAGAACUGGAUAAGGAAUAUAGAGGAGCAUGCGUCAUCUGAUGUUGAGAAGAUGGUUCUUGGCAACAAGUGUGACAUCAAUGACAAACGGCAGGUGUCCAAAGAUAGGGGGGAAAAGCUGGCACUAGAGUAUGGAAUCAAGUUUAUGGAGACAAGUGCAAAGGCCAACAUCAAUGUGGAAAAUGCAUUUUUGACACUUGCAAGAGACAUCAAAUCUAAAAUGGACACAAAAUUGGAGGGCAACACACCACAGGGGAGUAGUCAUGGAGUUAAGAUCUCAGAGCCUCAGAAAAAGACCAGCUUCUUCCGCUGUACCUUACUCUGAGGACCGAGGCCUUAGAUGUUGGCUACCAGCUGGCUGGACACAACUGGACUGUGCUCGCUCCUAAGCACUUCUGCUCUACCCAUUCCGCUCUCGCUCGACCCUCGGCCUGCCCCUCCCUCCGAAUCCACACAAACCAGUACACUCAGCUGGUGGAGAUCUCUUCCCAGUGUCUUCUGAAGGCUUCUGGCGGUGGAUCUCUUCACGCUUACAGCAAUCCAGUGUCUCCAUGGGUCGUUACUUAACAGCUGGAGAAAACCACCGGAAGGGUUUUCCAUAUCACAGAAACAAAGGACCCUUCCUUUGGAUUUUAGUGUCUCUACACCACCAUUUUUGUUCACGUACCUGGUUGCACAGCUGUUCAAGGAUGAUGCCCCAUUUAGUUUGUUAAAUCAUGUAAUUGAUCUUAAGGGUUUGGGAUUGGAAUACAAAUGUGAUAUUUAGAUCUAUUUUAUUAGUUAUUCUCCCCUUCAUGAUGUGAUUGUCAACCAGAGACCGACUGGCUUGAUUUUCAGUGAAACAGAGUUGCAAUAUCUGCAAAAGCAUGACUUUCUUAUGAUCAUGCUUUUCAUUUUAGUAAAGAACUGUUACAAAUUCUUGCAAGUAUGAUGCAUUCAAGGAUCAAAUAACAGGAUUUUGGCCCUGUUUUUUUUCUAGUUGAGUUCUCUACUCUUUUGUGUGUAGGCGUUUGAGUCAUUCAUUGUAACUACUGGGAAAAAAGUACUUGUUCCAUCUUACCAUGAAAAUUACCCCUGAACUUUAUGUUCAAGAUAUUUACCCACAGUCUGUUUGUCUCUAAGGUUCAAGCCUUAUAGCAAUACCAUACAAGUCCUUAAAGGCAGACAGGCUGCUCAAAAUCGCCAUCUACACUCCAGCUCAACUUUUUUUUCUAUCCAAGACAUUUCACUGCAUGCUCUGUUGUCAUGUUCUGUGACGUUUUACGAUGGAUGUUAUUCCAAUUAGCUAUGGAAAAGUUACCUGUAAAUCACAAAACUUAAGUCCAUAAUACAGAACAUAAUUACAAGGGUGUAUGUACACAGUGUGAUUGUAAUGUUCAUAAUCAUUGUACUUUGAGUUACACCCUUGUAAUUGUAUUUACGCUGACGUUCUGGCUCAAUUUAAAACACUGCAAUGAUGUCAUCGUAAAAUGUUGCCCUGUAUGGCACAGGUGAAGGCACAGUAUAACUAUUUGUACUCAUUCACAGUCUCUCUGAUUCAUGCUCAAAGCUAAAUGACGUCUCUGGUUGCAAAAACAGUGAUUAAAAAUGUGUGAUUCACUCCGAGGUUUCGACUGAAAGUGUUUCACUGACAUGUCACCAGGUGAACAAGCCUCCCUUCCUAUCCAUGCGAUUUUCCUUGCACUUUAACCAAUAACUUGUUUUGUGUGUAGUCUGUGCCAAGUGAUAGAUUCGCAACACAAGCAUUCUACUUUGUUUGAUACAACAUUGUUGAUCUAUAAGAUCAUGGUAUUGGUAGAUGCUAUACUGGGCAUACCUAAAUAGUCUGUAAGCUUUACUUCAGCUCUUUUCCUAUGUUCAACUGUCCUGUUAUUAGUUCACUGAGAAGGAUGCCCCUCAUUUAUUAAGAUUAGUCAUUAAAAACAAGAACUUGAAAUAACUUAAGCUUUUCUCUCCGUCACUGCCCUGCCAAAUUAUAGUCUAUUUAAAAUGUGAAAUUUACUUUGCUUUUGAAGUCAAGCCAGGCUCAAAGUUCUCAAUUUUCUUACCUGGUUUUGCAUAUCAUGUUGACGCAUGCCUCAGAUUGGUCAUUCUCCUCAUUGACCGCUAGGUGGCACCAAUGGCAUAGUUUACGUUGUAUGUCACAAGACAAAAUCAAUUUUUAAACAGUAUUUUUGGAAUAAGCUGUGACAGAUUUGACCUCUGUGAUGCAGAUAUUUACUCUUUGCUGGUGUAAAAAUGCUGAUUUUGAAUCCAUUUGAUGAUGUGCUUACUUUUAUUUCCUUUCAAAGAUUGUCGUUUGUGUAAAAGUCGGGCAACUACAUACAUGCACAAUAUCCAGAGGGGAUCCUCUGUUUUGCUAGCCUGCACCUUGUAAUAUCAUUUGGGAACCUCGUAAUUAUCACACGAAAGCCAUUUGUCUUAAUGGUUAAUACUCAAUUCUUUUUCACAAUUGAGCUAUGCAGUGUGAAAUGUGGACCUCUGUUUUGUGUCAUGUUAGUUUUUGACAUGUUUGGGUCCAAGGUUGAAUGUGUGUUUUGUCAGUUGUCUUGUUCACUGAGCCAAAAACAGGGCAUGCACUGUUGGUAGGAAAAUGUGUAUUGAUACAUCAGUGCAAGUUAGGUCUUGUAUGAUGGAGAUGAUUUGUAAGAAGAGGAGCAGUGAAAUGUGGAGACUUGGGUGUCUUCUUUUCUGAUUGGCUUUACAUCAUACAGAAAUAUAGGAAACAGACAUUGGUGUGAAUUCUUUAGUUGUAGCAAUUGCGGCCAUAACACUCCCUUGUUUUUUCAUCAGAUAUCCUUUUCUUUUUCUUUUUUUAAGGACACCUGUCAUUAAAAUUGUGUCACUGACAUUCCUUUAUUUUAUUUUAUUUUUUUUUUACAAUCACGUUUUCAUUCCAUUUGAUAGUGAAGUACAACGGGAGAGGAAUUUUGAGAAACAAAACAAUUGUAAAUACCACUUAAAAAUAUAUAUAAUUGUAUUGUACUUUCUAAAACAUGAGAGGAUUGUGUGGAUCUACAAUUUGUAGAUGUGUACUUUUGAUUUAA